AUGUUCUUCACAGAGUCUUUCAAAGGAAAUUAUGAUGCUCUUCGUGUCCCUUGCGAAAGGAGGAACCACUGGGCGACCCUGCAUGUGAUCGGGACAAAUGGAAGAAUUACUGGCGCCAUCUCCACCAGUUCGAACAUCAACGGGAGUCAAGGUAACCAAGAGCUAUUACCUGUCUCCUCGUUUGCACAACUGAACCGAGCUUCAGUUCGUUUUGAUUCGACUAUGCACUUGAAAGCGCAUAAUAUGCCAUGUAUUGCUGACAGGAUUCUUCUUUUAUACGAUCCACAUAUGUUGGCCUCGUUGACCACUCUUCACUGCAAAAGCAAGAGAAGAUUUUUGGUCACCGAAGAACUCGGCCAAUUAAAGGCACGAACCUUCAAGGAGCUGAGCCGGACCCAUCGCGUUUGCUUGAAUCGACAGAAGCAGGGACUCUUCUCACGUUUCUUCAAACAUGGGAAGCAUCCGCAAAAUCUUGACGAGAUGGCUCUUCCUGCAAGAAAUUUGGCUGCAGUAGCAUCAAUUGGACUUCGAUCCGUCCGUCAUUCACAUUCACAGCCAAAGGUCGCUCUUCUCGGUGCGUCUGGUGGUAUUGGCCAAUCUCUUGGUCUGCUUCUUAAACAAGAUCAUCUCGUCAAACACCUAGCAUUGUACGAUAUUGUCGGUACUCCAGGAGUAGCAGCUGAUCUUUCUCACAUCGAUACUAAUGCCAAAGUCACCGCUCACACCGGACCGAAAGAACUUGCAGCUGCAGUUUCAGAUGCUGACGUGAUUGUGAUUCCUGCUGGAGUUCCGCGUAAACCAGGAAUGACUCGUGACGAUCUCUUCAAUACCAAUGCUGGUAUAGUUCGAGACCUCAUUGAUGUAAUAGCAAUAGAGUCUCCAAAGGCAAUGAUUGCAAUUAUCACGAACCCAGUGAAUUCCACGGUUCCUAUUGCCUCGGAGGUGAUGAAAAAACACGGCGUCUAUGAUAGACGACGGAUUUUCGGUGUUACCAUGCUGGAUGUGGUUCGAGCACAGGCUUUUGUUUCUCAGCUAAAGGGUCUUGAUGCAACUAAGACAGUCAUUCCCGUCGUAGGAGGUCAUGCAGGAAGUACCAUUAUUCCUCUGCUAUCUCAGGUCACUCCCAAGGUUACUUUCACUGAUGAAGAAGUUAUCAAUUUGACUCAGAAAAUUCAAGAUGCUGGAACGGAGGUUGUAAAAGCUAAAGCAGGAGCGGGUUCCGCUACCUUAUCAAUGGCAGUCGCAGGGUGGCGGUUUGCCCACUCUUUACUUCGUGGAAUCAAAGGUGAAAAGAACGUUCAGUGUGCAUACGUAGCAUCGGAUGCUGUAAAAGGAGUGGAAUAUUUCUCCACUCCUCUCGAACUUGGAGUUGAUGGCAUUCAGAAGAUUCUUGGUGUUGGAAAGGUAAACGCUUUUGAGCAGGAAUUAAUCAACGCUUCUGUUGCUGAACUCAACAAGAACAUUGCAAAAGGUGUUGCAUUUGUGAAAGGAAAGUAG